AUGUCGCACUGCGAGGGCGGCGACCUCGCGUCGUUGAUGCGGAGCGUCAACGCGAGAGGCGAGGCGCUGCCGGAGGAGGUCGUGAUGCGUUGGGUCGUCCAGCUGCUGCUCGCGCUGCAGCACGUCCACGCGCUCGGAAUCAUACACCGAGACGUCAAGCCCGCGAACGUCUUCCUGUCGCGGAACCUCAAGGUCGUGAAACUCGGCGACUUUGGCGUCGCGAAAAGACUGUCCCACGUGAACGACCUCGCGAACACGGUCGUCGGGACGCCGCUGUACAUGUCCCCCGAGCUGUGCGCGGGGAAGCCGUACACGUACGCCGCGGACGUGUGGGCGUUGGGCUGCGUCGUGUUAGAGCUCGCGCUCGGCGGUAAAAAAGCUUUUGAGAGCCGCGGAUACGGCGAGCUCCUCGUGAAAAUAUCCCGGAACGACUACGCCCCGGUGCCGUCGAGAUACUCCAGGCCGUUCGCCGCGCUCGUCGGUUCGAUGUUAGCGCCGGACCCGAGGGAGCGCCCGGCCGCGGAGGCGCUGCUG